AUGUUCCAGCAAUGCGAUUCUGCCAGCGAUGAUAAACCUCCGCCCAAACGGCGCAAGGUUGCGAAAGCUGGACCUUGGGACCUCUUCAAGAAGAAUGGGAUCUCAGCGACUGGAAUUCCCAUGGGCUAUAUUCCAUUGGCACGAUUGACUUUACGCAUGAAAUUGUCAAAGAAACUUUUGCACCAACACUCCGCAGAGUCGGAAACCCGAAUUCCCGUAGUACUCACGGUCAAUUCGGAUCAGCAACAUGGCUCGGGUGGCAAACCCUCCUGCGCCCAACUUGAAGUUACCAACCAAGCCGGAGCGCAGCUGCUUUCGUAUUCAUGCUGUGAGCCGGCGCUGUUUGAUCUGAUCAAGCAGAUCCAACUCGCCAGUGAAUUGACACCCGCAAAUCGAUCGUCAUCCCGCACUCCGGUUGCCUGUCACCAAGCUCACUUGCACGCGUCACCUGACAGCGAGUAUAUAAGCCUAGAAGUGGUAACUCUCUGGACCGAAUCCUUGGAAACUCCUGAUCUCAAAAAGUUGCAAGACUCAGCCCUUGAGGUUUUCACCAAGUAUGUGCUUCAAGAGGGUUCUCCUCAGGGACGCAUUCCCGAUCAAGGCAGUCGCCGUGAGGCAAUGCUGGGGGAACCCAAGGAAUGGUCUCCUCGCCAAUUCUAUGACAGCGUACACGUCCCCGAAAGCGCGGAUACUACAGCGGAAAAAAUAAAAUUCCCUGGCAUGGAAUGUGAUCUGUUCCCGUUCCAAAAGCGUGCAGUCCGAUGGUUGCUACAACGAGAGGGUCAAGAGGUGCAGGCCGAUGGCCGCCUUGCUCCCAUGGAGAACUUGCCAAGUGUCAUUUGUUCAUGA